AUGGGUGGGCUCCGUGACAGAUCAUACCGCCAAAUGGUUUAUGAUGGAGAUUUGAGGCCCCAGGUCGACGGGUCGUACCCAAUUGAUCGCGGGCAGACGGAACCAUACGGAAGGGGGGAGUCGAAGAUCACUACCCUUUGCGGUUGGCAAUCAUCAACUCGCUUGGGUCAUGGCUUCCUGCAGAACACGUACCAAUCGCAUGUCAACGCCUGUAGCACACGGGCCGGUCUUUGGCAUCGUUCCUUGGAAGUGAAAGGCGAUCAAGUUUGCAAAGCUCUGGAACAUGGGGUCAAUCCAUUCACCAAGGCAUUCCACACACUUCAGUACAAGAAGAUACUCGAGUUCAGCGCAAACCUGAUUAUUGACAUGGUAGGCGAAACUGGAACUGGAAAGACAACGCAAAUAUCACAGUUUGUCACUUAUGCGGAGUUGCUCCAUCCCAAGGGUAAACUCAUCGCCUGUACGCAAGCACAACAUGUCACUGCCAUGUCCGUCGCGAAACCAGUCGCCGAAGAAAAUGGACGAACCGGGAAAGAUGUUUCUCAGCGAUAUCCUCAUGGGUGGCUUAAAGAACCUCGCGAAGAGACGACCCGCUUGAACAUUGUCGCCAUGUUCGCGACCUUGGGUACACUCAAGUUCCAAAAGUACUUUGAUCUUUAUUCUGACUCGCAGAGGUGUUUUAUACUCGAGAAUCAGAGCCCGACUACGACGAGGCUCCUUCGGACUGUUUGGAUGAUCCACCGUGCAGAGGAUCCUGAAGACAUUCUACUCUGCCUGACAGACGAAGAGAAAACGGUCGUAUCAACGAAUGUCGCGGAGAAUCAGACACACCCAGAGAUCUUAAGGAGUAAUUUAUCUAGCACGGUACCGGAACUGGUCAAGGCAAGAGUCAAAGCUCUCGUAAGAUCCGAUGAUGUGGACACCCCCCUGCCGGAAAUCUCAUUGUUGGACGACGACGGCAAUCGGACGACGCUGGGCACCCUCAUGGCAGUGUUCCUGCUAGACCCUCAAAUACGUUCUCGGAUUGUGCUGUCGAAGAUGUUGACUGUCAAUCCAGAAUUCAGAUUUCCCAAUACAUGGCUCCGGCAGAACAACCAGUGUAGGGAGGUCGACGCAGCCAAGGCACUUUUCACAGUCCUAGAUAGCGACCAUCUUACACUUCUUAACGUCUACAACAGCUAUAUCCGGACUGGAACUUGCGUCCUGUUUGCUCGGGCACUUCCAGAGGCCGAGAAUGUUCGUGAGCAACUCAAGUGGACGAUGGAGCGCUUUGAAAUCGAGCUCGUAUACAUCGCAGAUGGAAAGAAGCACCAUCUUGCCAUCGGCCCGCUCUGUGCUGUGGUUUCUCCGUGCAAGUUCCCCACAAAGAAUUGCGAGAAGGGCGGCUCACAAGAUAACCAGGCAAUCAUGGACACACAACCAAAGACUGUCAUGGAAGUCCGCGCCGAAUGGUUACUGGAGAAUGCUUCCCUGUACUUUGACUUGGCCACCCUCCCGGAAGAUGAGACGGAGAAAGCCCUCUGGCGAACUGUGAACGAGCGCCUUGGAUGCGAAAGCCCAACAGUGCAAGAAGGAAACAGAGACGAUAAAAACUUUGGUACACUCAGAAUUUGUUAUUCCCCUGGCAUAAUCCCUCUGGGCGUCCGUGGACGCGACGGGGACAAACAAAUGAUGUGA